CACAGGUCAAAAUGAAACCAAGCUUUGCUCCCCGUCCUGAACCCGAAAUGACAGAGCCGGUAUUUGGAAUGAAUGAUAUGACCAAUGAAAAGCUGGCAGAAAGGAAAAGGCGGGCCCAGGAGGUCUCUAAGCACCAGCUGCAAGCCGCCGCAGAACGCAAGCGCUUGGUUGUACUCAAUGAUCUGGUGCAGCAGAGGAAGGAGUCAGACAUGCUGCAGUCUACUAAAGAACUGUUGUUGUGUGAUAGAGCAGUACAGUUUGAGAAGACGCAGAGAAUACAGAAAGGGUUGCAGGAUGAUUGGGCCAAGAACUCAGAGCUGAAGAGACGGAAGGAGGAGGAGGAAGGGCGUUUUAUCCGGUCUAGUAGUGACCUUCUUCUAGAUCAGUUCGAGAAGUAUCGCCGCUGUUUCCAGUGCAAGAGACGCACAUCAAAUUGUGGAGAGACCAACAUUUGGUGUGAGACGCGCUAUAUCCCAGGAUCCCGCCUGAUGGUUUAA